CAGUGUUGUUUCCAGAGUUCUUACACUCAAUUUGUAUUUAGACUCAACCACUCUGUGCACGCUGUCUUACGCGUCCAAUAAAGAAUAAUGUCCACGGACGGUGAAAAGAUCGAUAGACCAAGUUACCAGGCCUUGGAAGAAGCGCUGAACUGCAUGAAGAAAGCUUACGACAUCAUGAAAGGGGAGGCGCUGGAACUUCAAAAGGAGAAAGAAGCUUUCGAUUCUGUUGCAAAGAAACUCGAACACGUGAACUUUGCCUCGACUGUUAAGUUAAAUGUUGGCGGCCAGCUAUUCAGCACAAGCCUACAAACGCUGAAAAAGGAUCCAGGCUCCAUGUUACACGCUAUGUUUUCAGAAAGAUUCGACACAAAACCAGCUGAAGAUGGAACUUACUUCAUCGAUCGCGAUGGAACACACUUCCGGUAUAUAUUGAAUUACCUACGAACAGGGCGGCUUCUAGUACCAGAUGAUCGUUUGGUACAAAAAGAACUGCUAGAAGAAGCUGAGUUCUAUCAGAUCCGUGGAAUUAUCGAUGAGUUAUGUCCUCAACCAUUCUUAGAGUCCAAAAUUCUAUCCGAUGAGCAUAAGGACAUAAUGAUAAACCAAUGGCUUAAAGAUCAACUGGACCUUCCCCACUCCACUUUUGUGCUGCUGUAUCGUGCUUCUCGAGAUGGAUGGUCGACCGCUACUUUCCACACCUGUUGUGAUAAGAGAGGGCCUACUGUGGUUGUGGUGAAAAGUAACGACUCUUUGUUUGGAGGUUUCACAGAGCAGUCAUGGGAUUCUUCUGGCUCCUACAAAUACUGCAAUGAGUCAUUCAUAUUCAGCCUUGUCAACCCAUCUGGAUCUGUACCUACCAAGCUGCCCCUAAAGUCUGAUCAAACCAAGUAUGGAAUCUACUGCAAUAGUGGAUGUGGCCCAGCCUUUGGAGGUGGACAUGACUUAACUAUUUGUGAGGACGCAAACUCAUCUUCCAAAAGUUACAGUUCCCUGGGUAAUUCCUAUGAAUGCCCACGUCAUAUCACUUCUACAUUUCUCACUGAGGAAAGAACUUUCUUGGUCAGCGAGGUAGAAGUAUUUGGUCUCAAAAAGUGGACAUAACCAUUUUGAUUCAAGGCUUAUUUUGCGUGUAAAAGUGGUAUGGUUGAGCUGUAUUUACAUUUGGUAACUGUAAGUAAAAACUAUAGAUUUCAAAUACCUAGAAUAAGGUACCAUGGACCUAACUUUUCAUUGUGUAAUCAGAUUAUGAGAUAAACAUUUGAAGUAACUUCAAAAGGAAUUA